GAAUUGGGAGCUACAAGGUUCUGGCUGUUAGGAUUCUGAUUCUAACAUCCUCUGGCAUGUGAGAGAGGAUGCUAAGGUUCAGGGGAAGGGGGAGAUGUCGGGGCUUCUGAAUUUCAAGAUUCUAAGCCUUGGCACGCCAGUAAACUGGGUUCCUGGUCCGUGCCAGCUAGUGCAAGCCUGGAGUCGCGGGCACCACCCAUGAGCGCCUCCCUCUCCCGUCUGGUCUCCCGUGUCCCACCUGGCGGACCAGCUGGAGGAUCGGUUCCUGGCGCCCCCUCUCCAUGGCCAAGGGACUGGCACCGGAGGCCUUGGGAGUGGAGGCGGCGGGAGAAGGGACACAGGGCUAGUCUGGGAUGACCUAACUCCCACCCCAGGGCAACGGGCUGGGGCAGAGGCGGUGUCGGAGAAGGCGGGAAGCUGCAGGUCCCGCCCCAGAGGAGACUUCCUGGUGGGCGGAUACCCCGGUGAGCUGCAGCCGCGGCGGCGGGGGACCCCGGCGCCAUGGCGGGCACGCGGGACGCCAUCCUGGAUGCGCUGGAGGAGCUGACCGCUGAUGAGCUCAAGAAGUUCAAGAUGAAGCUGCUCUCCGUGCCCCUGCGCGACGGCUACGGGCGCAUCCCGCGGGGGGCACUACUGCCCAUGGACGCCGUGGACCUGGCCGACAAGCUCGUCAGCUGCUACCUGGAGCCCCACUCUUCCUGCUGGGGAGGGAGGCUUCCCGCGCUCGGUCCUGACCCCGCGAGCCUGGAGACACCACGGGAAGGGAGAGGAAGGACCCCUUAUGCCGUCUCUUUCCUUACAGGCUCUGGAGCCGCGCCAGCAGGGAUGCAGGCCUCUCCUCCCCAGGUGCCAGCCAUACCAGCCCCGCACUUUGUGGACCGGCACCGGGAGGCCCUCAUUCAGCGGGUCACAGACGUGAACGGCGUGCUGGAUGCUCUGUACGGGAGCAUCCUGAGGGAGGAGCAGUACCAGGCAGUGCGGGCAGAGGCCACCAAUCCAGACAAGAUGAGGAAGCUCUUCAGCUUUGCUCCAGCCUGGAACCUGGCCUGCAAAGAUCGGCUCCUUCAGGCCUUGAGGGUCACCCAACCCUACUUGGUGGACGACCUGGAAAGGAGCUGAGGCAGCAGCUGGAACUACCAGGGGUUGGACGUGCAGAAUGAGUAAUUUUUUUAAAUAAAAAGUCCACUUGUA